AUGUCCCGCCGCCCACCACCCCGCGAUUAUUACGACGAGGAGGAAAUGUACGAAAUGGAACGAGAGCGUGAAAGAGACCAUCGACCGCGCCGACGAGAUCGCGAAUAUGACGACGAUAUCGAAUAUCGGCGCCGAAGGUCCGACCCACCGGUCGAGGAUUUGGAGCGUUUACACCUCCGAGAGGCAGACCGCCCUCGACGAGAUUUCAUGGAAGAAAGCUUUGCGCAUCCGAGUGGGCGGGAUGAUAUGAUGCUCAGGCGGUCCAAGGAGGAAACCGUCGUCCUAUCGCCCGAGCGUCGAGAUCACGAUGAACCCUACAUGCCGCCCUCGGGAUCUCGGCUCCGAAAUCAUCCUCGGGAAAUCGUUGAUGAAGAUCUUAUUAUCGAAGAACGCGAGAGGCGUCGGGGAAGCAGGAGGCAUCCACGAGAGGUAGAGGACGAUCUUAUCGUCGAGGAGAGAGAACGACAUGGUGAUCGGAGCCAUCGACCAGGACGAGAAGUCGAAGACGAUUUGAUUGUUGAAGAAAGAGACAUGCGCCGUGAGGGGAGACAUCGCCCUGACCGCGUACCCGCGGGGGACUUAAUUGUCGAGGAAAGGGACCGGCGUGGGGAUAGGAGACGUCGCCAAAAGACAGAAUUCGAAGAAGAUGAUCUUCUUGUCGAACGGGAGAGGCGUCGAGGGGGCAGGCGGCACCCACGGGAGAUUGAUGAAGAAGGCCUCAUAGCCGAAGAGAAAGAAAGACGCAGAGAGCGGAGGCCUCCCCAGACCGCGAAUUCGAAGAAGAUAUACGCUUCGAGGAAAGGGAACGGCGCAGGCCGAGCAGGCGCCAUCCAGAACGACGUUCUGAAGAUGAUCUUCUUUAUGAGACCGAGAAGCGCAGAAGCAGGCGCCGUCCAGAGCGCAGGUCUGAGGACGAUCUCAUUGAAGAGAGAAAAAUACAUCGGUCCAGCAAGAGCAAGAGGCACCCCGAACGCGAUCUUGAAGAAGACCUGA